UGGUGUGUUAUGUUUGCGAAACAAGAGGUGGGCAUUUUUGCAUGAUCAACUUUCAGUUGGUUGGUCUUUGCUGCAUGCCGGUCCUCAGUCUCGUGCUCAAGCCAUCAGCAUUUGGUACCCGAACAGAAGCUCUGCUGCCUUUCUGCCUGUCAUGUUUGACUUCAGCUGCGCAUCUGCCUGCAAUCCUCCCAACCCUUCCGCCAACACUGUGAAGGUGAACAUGGAGGACCUCUCGAAACGUGCUGCAGAGGAAGCCGAAGCGAAGCGAAAGGUGGAGGAGGAGGAACAGCGCCGCAAGGAGGAGAACUUGAAGAAGGAGGAGGCCGCUCGCCGGGAGAAGGAAGCAGAAGAGCGCCGCAGGAAGGAGCAGGAGGAGCUCCAACGACAGGCAGACGAGGAGAAGGCGAAGGAAGUUGCGGAUGCUGCUGCCGCUGCAGAAUCCGAGAGGAAACUUGCCGAAAAGGCGGAACAGGAGGCGGCUGCACGCAAGAACGACGUGAUGGCAUGGCUCAAGAAGCAAGGCUUCACUGGAGUGAACAAUCCCAAGAAGUCCCUCUUCAGCACCACGUACCCAUUGCACAAAGCCGCCGAAUCUGGCAAUGCUAAGAUUGUGGGAGGGCUUCUUGAGCAAGGAGCCAACCCAGCACAGAAGAACUCCGCCGGGAAGACAGCACUGGAGGUGGUCAUGAAGAAGAAGAAGGCCGACUCUCACAAAGAGGUCCUCGCUUUGCUGUCAUCUGCCGGAGAUCGUGCGUGAGCGGUUCCAUGAUCGAGCCAAGGAAGCAUUUUGAGAAAUGUGUGAUG